CAUACCCGUGUCAUGAAUGCCCUGCUGGUCGGUGGGCUGAGCCACCGUAACGCUGCGGUGAGGAGCUGCACUGCUCAGCACCUGGAGAGACUGGCUGAGGUCAUGGGGAUGGCUCGUCUCCUGUCGGGGAAGAAAGACCUCACUGACCGUUUCUUGAUUGCCGUCAGUAAACUGGCUGUGGACCCUGCACAGGAAGUCAGGCAUCAUGGUCGCAAUAUCUUGAGAAACGUGGCCCCCAAUGGCGACUUUGCUAAAAUGUGGGACAAAUUCGCUCCGAGGAAAGAGCGAGAAUCCUUGAGGGAGGUCAUCUCAAAGGUUAACCUCAAAGAAAGGAAUAUCUGAAUAAUCCCCAACUUGACUAUAUGUUUGUAUCUAAAUAUUUGCACAUUUCCCAACUUGACUAUUAUCCCCUCCAGUCCCCAAA